UGUGGAGCUGAGAGGAGCCAGUGGUUAUUGAUGAGGUUCACCCUACACUGAAGUCUGAGUGGGGAGCCUUUGUUGACCUCUACCCCUUUUCCCCUUUCCAUGACCUCCAAGGUCACGGGGCACUGUUUGGCCUUCGUAGGGGUCCAUUGGUAGCCACAACUCCUAUAAACUGAGUCAUGGCCAGAUCUGACGGAGCCACUUCACUGGAGCCAGAAGGCUGGAAUGUGUCUGUUGUUAAAACAGGGUUUUUAGAAGUGCGCCAUCAACCAUCAAAACCAUGACCAUUUGAGCAAACCAUAAUACCACACAGCAAUUAGUAAACCAAGCAACACUAACCAAAAUUGCUUGAAAUAAUGGCAAUAUUUUUAUGUGAGCCUUUAAUAUUCAGUCAAUUUAAUUAUUUUGCGACGUUCAAGCAGGAAAGUUUGUAUGUCUGUAAAAAAGGGUUCUCUGGCCCCCUGUCCUGCCCUUCCUUGCGGCUGUCGCUACCGCCCCUUGCAGACCAGUCUCGGGAACUGCUCGCAGGCGAAAGCUUCAUCAAGCAUUGGAAUUCACUGUCUGUUUUCUCCAGAUUGCAGAAGAGGAGAAGCAAGCGCCGAGAACAAGCAGAUGUGAGCUGGACUACAUAGAGAAUAACCAGCAGCAGUAGUUACGGAAACCUUUGAUUCUUCUAAAAUGUGGCAGCCAGCGACAGAGCGAUUGCAGCACUUCCAGACGAUGCUGAAGACCAAGCUGAACGUUCUGACACUGAGGAAGGAGCCUAUGCCCACAGUGAUAUUCCAUGAGCCGGAGGCCAUCGAGUUGUGCUCUACCACGCCACUCAUGAAGAAAAACACCCAUAAUGGCUACAAGGUGACGUACCUGGGUAAGGUGACCACUUCAGGGACUGAGUUCCUGUCGGGCUGCACAGAGUCGGCAGUGGUGGGCCUGUGGACGCAGGGCGCUGGCCAGGAAGAGCACCUCCCUGCCAACUCCCUCCUGGAGAUCCGGCCCUUCCAGGUGCGCCUGCACCACCUGGGACGCGGCGAGGCCUCGGUCACCAUGGACACGUACCAGGUGGCGCGCAUCGCCUACUGUACGGCGGACCAUUGCACGAGCCCCAAUGUGUUCGCCUGGAUCUACCGGGAGAUCAACGACGACCUGACCUUCCAGAUGGACUGCCACGCCGUGGAGUGUGAGAGCAAGCUGGAGGCCAAGAAGCUGGCCCACUCCAUGAUGGAAGCCUUCCGCAAGACCUUCCACAGUAUGCGCAGCGAUGGACGCAUCCACAAGAGCRGCUCCUCGGACGAGUUCGCCACUGACGACUCCGCUCCAGAUGACUCCACCCCCGAGGAGGAUGGCUGAGCACCAGRGUUGCCGCCCCCCUCCCCCGGUCGCAAGCCGUGAGGGGAGGUGCACAGGGGUAGCCGGGGCAGUCUUUCUACUCUCUGUCUCUCUUACUCUACUCUGGUUUAAGGAAAAAACUAAAAUUGACGAACGCACAGACCGCAAACGCCGACUAAAGAAUGACGAGGACGUAGUUUUAAAAAGGGAAAAAUAGGAGGACAAAGGAACCACAAGAGGCGUAACAUAUGGGGAAGCGAAACUAAACUAGCACUGCCUCUUUGGAUAAAUAGGUCCUCAAACAUCUGGAUAGCCAUUGAAGCGCAUGAUCUGCCCAUUAGAGAUUAGUGAAUAAUGGUUAUAAGACAUUCCCAAUCGACGCUGCUGUCUGUCCGUCCGUCUGUCUGUCUGCAAUGUGCAGAGAGACUCUGCCUCUUUACCCCGCCUCGCACCCCUUACCCACCCCUUCCCGCCCAAUCAAAAGCCCAGAUCACUUCCUAAGAAUCCCAGAUCACUGCCUCAUGUUCUGACUUUAAAACAACAGCACUAUGGAGUUACGAGUUAUGCCUGUAGCACUGUUAAAUGUGGGAUAUAAAGAGAAAGCCUUGACUCUAAUAUAUGUGUGGAAGGUUGCCGGGAGGAGGGAGGUCCUGACAUAUUUAUUAGGCCACAAGAGCGUCAUCUCUUAUCGAUCACAUUUUGAUUCCUUUUUUGGAAGYAUACCAAAAGUGAGUCUUUUAGCUGUGUCUUGUCUGUUGAUUUUGUGCCUCACUUCUAACAUACCAAGGCUGGUCUCUGUCCCGCAAUCCCAAACGUGUGCAUGUGUGUGUGUGUGUGUGUGUGUGUGUAGUCGUGCAUGUGCAUGUGUGUGUGGAAUGUGUGAUCUAAGAAAAAGGAUGGUCAGGAGAGAGAGCAUGACCGAUAAUGGCCUAGUAAUCCAACUAGAAGUGUAAAACCUGUCACAGCCUUCGUGGCAUCCAUUUUGGGAAGCUCUGCAGGGCUUUUUAAAUUUAAACAGGAAUGUGACCAUUUGCCACAUUUUUUUGUUUUGUUUUGUAUGAAAAGGGUAGGUAAAUGUGACAGUCACAGAAACCGAUGUUCUAGGACCCCAAAAAUAGCCAUCCAUAAAGAAUGCCUGAAGCCUCUUGGCCUGUGCUGAAUGUAUUAUAGGUAUGUUGUGCUUCAAGCUCCUUACACCUUUUAGUUACAUUGUUUUAUGUGGAUUAGGUGCAGUUGGCAAGGGCAGUUUUCUGUACAGACACCUUAAGGGAACAAUUAUGUCUCGUGGGCUGGAUGCGUGUUGAGUCCAUGAACAGACACACACAGUUCAGUUUCCCUGUGCUGUCGAAGGGUACGAGCGACCAUUUUGGUGCAACUAGAAGCCUCCACGACACAAGAGCUCCACCCCUCCCACCCCCUUUUCUAACAAGACUCUUUUGAAUGGACUGGUACUCACAGUGGGUGGGUCAUGUAUUUUUUCUGUUGUGACUGAAGCAGAUUUUAUUAAGAUGGCUCUGGUCAGUACGUACAUAUAUAAAUAUAUACAUUGUAUUUGAAACUCAUUCAAUAAGCUUAUGUAAAUACAAAAAAAAAUAUCUGUUUCCAAAUAUUACAGCAUUAAAUGUUGAUAGCUAUUUUAAAUAAACAACGGGAACAUCAAAGACAGCACCAGUGUUUUAAAGUAAAUUGUGAAUAUGUAGUUCCAUAGAACUGGCUGUUAAGAGGGUGUGAGCCCGGGACACAGGGCUUGACAUGCCAGGAUGACAGGAGAGAAUGUUUAUAAAGCUGUAGAUUACUGUGUCAUGUCUUGUCUGAAGGCUCAGACGUGCUUUAAAUGUCUGGAAAUGUUACCAUAAGUGUUUUCUAUACAGUAUUUGCAAAGAUAAAGAAGCAAUYACAUAUAAACUAUUUACCAAGACUGA